AUGUCUACACAAAUCUUUAUUCCGUCCGAGGAAUUACGCGCUGACGCGGCCAAAGAGCAGGCGUGGCUAGUGGCAGAGGUGAUCCGGCCACAGCUGCCCAGCAUCAAGGAGAGUCUGGCGUCGUGUUUGGCGCAGAUCGACGAAAAUAACAUGGACGAGUUCAAGUUCCCCUUGUCGUCGCACAACUCAGAAACGCUCAAAGGUGUGGUGUCUCGGUCGAAUUUUAGAGUCACCGGACUCAAUGUAUCGAUAAAGUCCAAACAUCUGGGCAAAAUCCUCCAUUUAAAGAUGAAACCCAGCUCAACACUGAUUCUACGACAGUUGCUUGAUUGUCACGACCUCAUUUACAACGCUAUAAACACCAUCAACAAAAUCCAGGCACAGCAGGACACACAGCCGGCUGUGUUGUUGAGCAUCUUGGCGUCGCUGCACAAACAGAUCGAUUUCGCUAAACAAUCUCUGUUGGUACCAAGAGACGCAUACAUGUUCCCCAAGUACCGACUGCCAGCGAGCGUGUUCGAGCCCGAGCUGCCCGAGAACGUCUCACUCGACUUGGUGAUCAGCAACAGCGACAUCUCGAUCGACCUCAAGAUCGUCAAACCCAUCACACAUAAGCCUUGGGACCUGAUUAUAGACGUGCAAAAAAGAACGUCGUUCGCGGACCAUGUGCGAGCCAAGAUCUCGCAAGAUCGCUCGCGGUCGAUCUCCACCAUCCUCGUGGACGAGUACCGCAAACUGACGGAGUCAAGAAAAAAAACCAAUACCGAAUCGCCUGGGUUUCUCAAGUCCAUGUUCAACACAGACAGCGAUCCGUCGUGCUCCACGGUGCUCAAGAUGUCCACCAAGUACCUGGAAGAAAGCGUCACUUACGUGGACAACACGGACCACCCGGUUGCGGUGACGAUCUUGGAAACAUGCGACGUGGUGACGAGCGAUCCAAUGUUGCUGUCGAUCAGCAUCAAGCUGGACAGUUUGGAGAAGACGGUGGCGAAGCUGCUGCAAAACCUCAAACUGAUCUCGACGCCAGUUUAA